UCGAGGAUACGUUUCGGGUGGUGCUGUUGGUCUCUGUCCGCUUGACGCUACUCACGUGCGGACACGCAGCGCAGUUGUCGCACAUUGAGUUGAGGGCAUAAGAAGAAGUGGCGCAGAGAGCGAAGAUCCGCAGCCUGUACCUGUUACCAAGAUGAAGAUCGCUGUUGUUUUCACCCUCGUAGUCUGCUGGGCUUUCACGGCGCUGUCAUUGGCUGAGGAUGCAAAUGAUUACAUACCUUCCGCAACCGUGAUUGCUGCAAAGGCCUUUGGCAAAUCCACCACCACCACCACCGCCAAGACCACGCCCACCACCAAGCCUACGACCACCACCAAGCCUACGACCACCACCAAGCCUACGACCACCGCCAAGUCCACCACCACGCCCACCACCAAGCCUACGACCACCGCCAAGUCCACCACCACGCCCACCACCAAGCCUACGACCACCGCCAAGUCCACCACCACGCCCACCACCAAGACCACGCCCACCACCAAGACCACGCCCACCACCAAGCCUACGACCACCGCCAAGCCCACUCCCAAGCCUACAACCCCAACCCCUCCCAAACCUACUCCUCCCACCACAAUGACUGCAGGAAACUACAACGUGACAGACAAAAAUGUGAUUUGCCUGGUUGCUCAAAUGGCCCUACAGAUCCGCCUGGUAACACCAAAGGCCAGUGGAAGCUUCCUUGUUCAGCCGAACAUGACAACAGCAAGCGGAGGUUGUCAGGGCAACCGGGCCAACCUUACCCUUAUCUUCAAAGAGGGCUGCAUCCAAUUUCUGUUCAACAAGAGCGCUGAUAAUACCGUCUACGUUGAUGCUGUGUCUUUCAACCUCUCCUACCCGUUGAUCACAGGAGGCCCAACCUCGUACACGGCCACUAACACAUCCACGCAUCUCUUCGCUGCAAAGCUCGGAAACUCCUACUCCUGCAAGAAGGAACCACUCGACAUGGGGAAAGGACUGUACCUUGACGUAGAUCAAGACAAGAUGCAGGCCUUCAACCUGACCAAGAGUAGCGGGUUUGGCCCUUCUGAACCCUGUGCUGCAGACCGCCCUGACUACCGCGUUGCCAUCGGGGUUGGAGUGACGUUGCUGGUGCUCAUUGUCAUCGUGUUGGUUGCAUACCUGCUGGGCCGCAGGAAGAGGGCUAAUGGCUACCAGUCUUUGUGAGGCAGGCCCCCUUUGAUCACAAUUUACAAUUUAGAAAACAAUCCUGUUAGACCUCCAACAACGUGCCCUUUUUCUGUUCAUCUACGCCUUCAGUUACCUGAUUUGCUCUUAUUAACAGUGCAUUAACUAGAGUUCCCAAUUAUGGAGGCUGGAGUGUGCCAUUGAAAUAAUUUUAGUCUUUGAAAGUGCUGAUUAUAACCUGAUUAUAAUCUCUUGUAUAUUUUUGUGAUCACUUAAUUAAUAAUCGGGUAUUAAAAUGGAGUCCAAAAAUAAAUUAGAAUUUUACUUUUUUCUAUCCCAUUAUCAUAUUUGUCUGUUUGUCAUUUGAUUGCAAUAGACAAAUGAAAUUAUUAAAUGUGUAAGCAGACUUUUUUGCAACAAUAAUCAAGAUAAUCAAUAACGAAUCCAUUAAUUAGAGAGAGAACAUAAAUGAUAAGUAAAUGAAAAUGUCAUGAAUUCAAAAUGCGUUUUAUCAUUCCAGUGGCACGCUCCAUAAAUAUGAGGUUUAACAUGCCAAUAGUCAUUAUUCAUAUGUGAGCCAUUGGAUGCGAGUGAAUUUACAGAUGAAUUCUCGUCCGGCUGGACAGAUUUCUGGAAUGCCAUUUGUAUAUUGGGAGACCGAAAACAAUACUAAUAAUGACAUUUUUUACAAACUGACAUCCUCGUAAAUACCCAAAUGACAAACUGACUAGUUCACAAUCCGUGAAGGUUAUUUCUUAUUAGUGACAAUGAUGCAAUUUUAUAGUCAACUCCUGACACAAGACUUUUUUUCAUCCAGUUAUACAUUAUACAAGUGAGCUAGAUUUUAUGGUGUUUAUUUCUUAAUUAUAUUCCAUUUGUGUAAAGAAGUGCAUGAUGAAAUGAUUUGGGGAUUUUCUUUAUUGUUUCAUGAUUCUGUGGAAAUGUAGUUAUUCCUUUGUUUUUCAAGAAUCACAGGAUUUACUUUUUUGGAAAGAAGGGAAACAUAUGUAGGUAAUUAUACUGAAUGUGUCUGCAUUAUUCAUUAACAUGAAGGGACCAUUUUUGGGAUGUUAGUGAGGGAUUAUUAAACAGAUCAACAAUAAUUGCACUGAUUGCUAUUCCAGCUUAAUUGCUUUUGUCUUUGUCAUAUAAUCUGUAGCUGUAAAAUGCAGCGAUGGAUCUUCCAUGUGGGCUAGUCCCCUAGCGAUGACUCCGUCGUUCACUAGGUUUGAUCUUAAUGCAAAGCAAACAAGCUCCCGGUUUUAGCUUCUUUAAUUGAUAUAUAUCAGGGUUGUGUACUUUUGUCAAACUCUUGAAAAGAAUGAAAAUGUAUGUAUUUCCGAUAAUGCUCGCAAGCUUCUGAGAAUUGCACAUGAUCAAUAUGUUUACCAGAUGAGGCAAAUGUGAUAUUUUGCAAUACAAAUAAAAGGAAAUUUGAUUGAAA